GGGGGCGCCCGCGGCUCGCAGCCGCCGCUCUCCCUGUCCUCCCGCCGCAGGAAGGCCGAGGCGCAGCCGGCACCUGCCGAGCUGUUCGCGCAGCACAAGGAGGAGCCUGCGCCCGGGGCUGGAGGCGAGGAAGACAACGCCGGCCAGGACACGUGGGUCUUCGAGGUGAACAAGACUUCAAGGGGACAGAAGACCAACUCCAACAAAAUGGGAAGGGAAGGCGAUGCGGACUGUGGCACCAACCUUCUUGUGUCAAGCGUCUCUCAGGAGAAUCUCUCUCCAUGGAACUUGGAUUCAGAAGAACCCCUUGCUGACAAUGAAAACCUUCCGCCUGGAAAGGAUGGUCCGGCAGGCAAAACUAACAAGAACCAUCUGGAAACUCCCGCAGAACAGCUGGUGUUGCAGCUGACCGUAUCGGAGCAUGCUCACAGUAGAGUACAGAACAGUAACCAAGGGGUAUUUCAGCUAUGGAAUCCUCCUGUCAAUAAAGGAAGUACCUUGGACAGCAGGGAAUUUAAAAACUCUUCAGUGGAAACUGGCUUCAGUGCAUCCAACAGUCCCAGGCUCUUCACCCUAAACCACUCAUUAACAAGUAUUCCAGGUUUGACAGCCAGCAAGCAAGUCAGUCCUUACCCUGGCCAGUCAAUGACAUCAGGGCUCUGCUAUGCCGACGGAGACUUUCUUAAGGAUAGAAAUGAGUUUCGUCUUAACUCAUGCUCAACUGUGGAAAACAACAAUGGUGACUCUUUAUCCAUUUCAAAUUGGAAUUUCAAAUACAGAAACAGCAGUGUGGAAGAAAAUGUCACAGAUGAAAGUGACUUAUCAGAAAAUGAGAAAAUGAAUGACUCUUUGCUCAGCUAUUUUAAAAAGAUGGACCUGAACUUAAAGCCAGAAACAAUAGAACACGUGGAGAGAUCUUUCCCAGAGGAAGCAAACGGAAUGUCUGCAUAUGCUGACUUUCUCCCUGCUCCUUUCAACACUCUGGACUUACACAAAUUUGCCUUCUCAAAGUGUGAAAACUGGAAGGCAGUCGUAGACCCUCCAGAAAGCUCCAUUGAGCGGUUAAUAAUUCGUUUAUUGGAACUGGAAAGAUUACAACAUAUGACCAUCCAAAAAGAGAAGCCGAGGCUACAAAGCACUUUCUACAGCUCCAUGUUUUCAAUGGCAGAACGACCCGCUUCCUCUAAAGCCAUUGCACUGAAAGGCAGGUCACCAAAGUUUCCAGACACACUGAUUCUACAGACCUCUAGUGUGGAUAAAAGUCGAGACAAGAGAAAAAACAAUUCUGGUUCUGGCAAGUCAGAACCAAAUGUUUCCAAAUGGAACUGGAACAGUGCUGGCAAAUGUAAGUUGAACUCUAGGCCGUUGCUAAGAUGUUCAUCCGCUGCAAAACAGUGUGUUGCUGCUCACGAGGACUUGAAGAAUUCCAAGAGCUCCAUUUCAAAUCCUUGUCAGGAACUCCCACCCAAGCCCACUACCACCCAAGCAGCUCAACCACUGGCUAAGGUAGUCUCAACAAAAUGUCUCCCACCAAGGUCCCCGGUGCCAGUGUCUCCCAUACCCCUGUCUUUUCCUGAAAAUCCAAAGGAAGAAAUUAAGGUGCCAAAGACCAAAAGGAAACUUCACCGAAAAAGCAUACUACUGAACAGACCUUUCUACAUUCAGAAGCAAAACUGCUUAUCGCCUUCACUUAUAGCCAAGGGUAAGUGCUCACCCACUGACCAAAAAUAGCUUCCAUAUGUCUCAAUGUGAGUAAAUCUAUUCCAUGAAACCCAGCAAAAAUAUGGUUCAUCAUUGAGAAACAGGUAUUAGAAAUAAAAACCACCUCACCCAUAAAAGCAUAACUCCUUGAUAUGAUGUGGGGUAGAGCUCAUGACGUCACUGCUAUAUCUAUAUAGUCAAGGGCUUCCUCACUGACAUAUUGACAAUCUUUUGUAUGUUGUAUUUCAACGAAAUAUCUC